GCCAAUGGGACUGGAUCACAUGACAGCUUGAAUGUGGACUGAAAAUGGUGAUGGGUCCAUGAAUGAUUAUGAUAACAAGAAAUAAGAGGGGGCCCAUGAGUAAUGGUACUUGCUGUGGGACUUGGUGGUCAUGUAUUCGACUUGUCACGCUGCAGGUACUGGAGGAGAAGGGACUCGAUAUCGUAGGUGAAGCAUUCCACUCAGAAUUUGCGAUGAUCAGGAAAUUCGCUGUUGCAACUUUAAUGGGGUUAACAUUGGACGAAGACACCAAGUAUGACUGCAUCGAGGAGUACGGGCACGACCUCGCACAGCUUCUCGACGAUGAGGAUCCUGAUGUGGCUUUCAAUGCUUGCAUAGCGAUCCGGAGCGCAUCAGAGCUCCCUCGGUCAAAGCGAAAGAUCAUGCCACUUCUGAACGACAAGAAUCGGAUUCUUGUCUUUGGACACCCACCUCUAGAGAUCGACUAAGAAAAAAUCAACAUCAAGCAACCGGAUGGCUGCAAUUUUUUGCCAACGAGCAUCUAAAAAGC